GAACUGCUGAUCCGCAAAUUGCCCUUCCAACGUCUCGUUCGUGAAAUCGCUCAGGAUUUCAAGACUGACUUGCGUUUCCAGAGCUCUGCUGUCAUGGCUCUCCAGGAAGCGAGUGAGGCCUACUUGGUCGGUCUCUUCGAAGAUACCAACUUGUGCGCUAUCCACGCUAAGCGCGUCACCAUCAUGCCCAAGGAUAUCCAAUUGGCUCGUCGUAUUCGUGGAGAACGUGCUUAAUUCUGGUUUGUACCAAACAAUCGGCCCUUUUCAGG